CAGGCCAACUCAGGUUCUCGGCUCCCACCGCGCGGUCUAUAUCUUGGCUUCCUAUGAGCAGGCCAACUGCUGUGGUGGUUCGGGUCACUCCUCGAUGAAAGCUCAAAUUUCAGGCAGGUGAAUUCCAGGGAGGCAACUCUUAGACAUGGCACAGGCGCAGCGCGUGGUUAUUAUCGGUGCUGGCAUCGUGGGCACCAACCUGGCUGACGAGCUGGUCGCACGUGGAUGGCGCGAUAUUGUCGUUGUCGAACAAGGCCCGUUGCAUCUCCCAGGCGGAUCAACGUCGCAUGCCCCGGGCCUCGUGUUUCAGACCAAUGCCUCAAAAACGUUGACUCGGUUUGCCCGUUACACCGUGGAAAAACUCCGAUCACUGGAGGAGGAUGGUAUGUCAUGCUUCAAUUCAGUGGGGGGCCUCGAGGUGGCAACGACGCCCGCCCGUCUUGACGAACUCAAGCGUAAACAUGGCUAUGCCACGUCCUGGGGUAUUGAGGCGCGUCUGCUGACAGUCGAGGAGUGUCUGGAGAGGUAUCCACUGCUCAACAAGGACCUUGUGUUGGGUGGUCUACAUACGCCCACCGAUGGUCUCGCCCUAGCUGCACGCGCGACCCAGCUGCUCAUCGCCCGUACCCAAAAGGCGGGUGUUCGCUACCUUGACUCGACACCCGUCACGGCCAUUGAGCAGACGGGUUCUCGGGUCACAGGGGUCACUACGCCUAGUGGCACGAUCCCGGCGGACAUCGUCAUCUCCUGCGCCGGCUUCUGGGGAGUUGAGGUCGGAGCCAUGGCCGGGGUAGCGAUUCCUCUGCUGCCGCUUGCCCAUCAGUACGCCAAAACGACAGCCGUCCCUGCUCUGGCAGGCCGUGACACGAACGAGCUCCCCAACGGAAUGAACGCAAGCCUCCCCAUCCUACGGUACCAAGACCAAGACCUGUACUACCGCGAACAUGGGGAUCAGAUUGGCAUCGGAUACUACGGGCACCGUCCCAUGCCAGUAGUCGCUGCGUCGUUGGGCCAGACACCCAAGCACGUCGACGAAAACCAGAUGCCAUCCCGACUGCCAUUCACUUCGGAGGACUUUGCCACUGCCUGGACCAUGUCGCAGGAUCUUCUCCCGGCGUUACGCGAAAGCCAGGUGAAGGAUGGAUUCAAUGGCAUCUUCUCGUUCACCCCUGACGGUGGGCCCCUCGUCGGACAAGCCCCCAACCUUGACGGGUUUUAUGUCGCGGAAGCUGUCUGGGUCACCCACUCGGCGGGUGUCGCGCGAGCCAUGGCAGAGGUGCUCACAGACGGAGCAUCCACGAUCGACCUCGCAGAGUGCGAGUUGUCUCGGUUUGAAGAGGUGCAGCUUACUCGUGCCUACGUCAGCGAGACUUCACAACAGAAUUUCGUGGAAAUCUAUGACAUCCUGCAUCCCUUGCAACCGAGGGAGUCUCCUCGACAGCUGCGAGUGAGCCCAUUUUAUUCCCAGCAACAGCAGCUGGGAGCCUAUUUUCUCGAGCUGAGCGGUUGGGAGCGUCCAUACUGGUACGAGGCGAACGCGGAGCUCCUGCAGUCACUUCCAGCGGAAUGGCAGCCUGCCUCCCGGGAUGCCUGGUCAUCGCGGUAUUACUCGCCCGUAUCUGCGGUGGAGGCAUGGAAGACACGGAAUGCAGUUGCCAUGUAUGACCUGACAUCCUUCCACCGUGUGCAUGUGUCCGGGCCGGGCGCACUGCCUCUCCUGCAGCGUCUAACAACCGGUGAUGUCACGGCACCCCCUGGCGCCAUAACUUACGCCCUGAUCCUCAAUGAUCAAGGCAAGAUUUGUAGCGACAUCUUCAUCGCCCGCCUGGAGAAGGAUAUCUUCCAGAUUGGUACAAACUCAGCGACCGACGUGGCCUACCUUGUCAAAGAAGCGCGGCAUCAGGGGCAGCACAUUCCGAGCCAAUGGGUGCAGGUGUCUGACGUUACCGGCAGUACAUGCUGUAUUGGAUUAUGGGGCCCUCGAGCCCGGGAUGUGAUCCGUGCUGUUACCACUGACGAUUUCUCAAGCGCUGCACUGCCGUACAUGAGCGUCAAGCGUGCCACUAUCGCCGGAAUUCCCACAACGGCCCUCCGCAAGUCCUACGUGGGGGAACUCGGAUGGGAAAUUCAGACGAGCGCUGAAUCCGGCCACCUACUAUGGGAUGCGCUCUGGCAAGCUGGCAGACCGCACGGACUGGUCGCCGCGGGCCGUAGUGCCUUGAACGCGUUGCGGCUGGAGAAGGGGUAUCGGACUUGGGGUAGUGACAUGACGACGGAACACGAUCCAUACGAGGCCGGGGUAGACAAUGCCGUUCGGGCAGAUAAACAGGAAGACUACAUCGGAAAGACGGCGCUAGAAGCUCGAUCCCGACAGAAACCUGUUCGGCGUCUGCGUUGUCUGACAGUUGACGAUGGCCAUUCCAUGGUCCUUGGGAAGGAACCGGUAUAUCACAACGGCCGGCCGAGUGGCUAUGUCACCAGCGCUGCCUUUAGCUAUAAGGCACGCAAGCCCGCUGCCUAUGCCUGGCUGCCCGGCUGGGUCCAGGAGGGCGAGGCGGUCGUGAUCGAGUAUUUCGGGAAGCCCAUCAAGGCCACGGUGACGGCGGAGCCACUCUACGACCCGCGGGGAAGCCGCCUGCAUCGGGAGGGUCCAUCGGUCUCCUCCGAACUCGAGAGGCCUCCGAAGCAGCACCUGUAAGAGUCUCGUCACCAGCGCGAGAUGGGUUGUUGGAGGGAUGCGGGAUGAGCGAUGUUGACGGUCAUGGCGGCUGAGAAGGAACAACAGUGUGACACGAUUCAAAUCGCCAUCUGUAUACGCACUCCUUCUAGAUGCUGGCCGAUCCAGCAUUCUCGGGGC